CAUGGGGAGACAAAGUUGAGAGCUUGCCUCUGACAACAUGCAUUCACCAGAGCAUGCCCUAGGUGUCUUCUUCCAGCUGAAAUGACAGCCUUUUUUUAAGUUGCUUAGACAUCUUCCUGUUCCCGAGAGCUCAACGAGCCUACUUUGGAUGACAUUUGAGGGGGUUUCAAGCCUCUCAGCAGGAACCGGUCAAGCAGCGAGCGUUUGUGAUGUCUUCGGAGCAGGAAAAGAUCAGGGAGCGCAUUAAAGCGCUCCUGAAGAAACCUGGGAAUGGAAACUGUGCCGACUGCGAAGUUGCAGACCCAGAAUGGGCAUCCUACACGUUGGGGGUGUUUGUGUGUCACAGUUGCUCAGGUCUCCAUAGAAACAUUGCUCAGAUAAGCAAGGUAAAGUCUCUAGUGCUGGAUCCCUGGAGCUACUCUGAGUUAGAGUUUAUAGAUUCUGUGGGGAAUAAUGCUGCAAAGGCCAAAUAUGAACAGAUAGUACCUGCCUUCUAUUAUCGGCCCACGUCUAAAGAUUGCAUGCUCCUUCGGGACCAGUGGAUCCGAGCAAAGUACGAGAGGAAGGAGUUUAUGUGCGUAGAGAGGCAGGAGCCCUACUCUGCAGGCUACAGGGAAGGAUGCUUAUGGAAAAGAGGAAGAGACAACGGCCAGUACCUCAGUCGAAAAUUUAUCCUGACGGAACGUGAAGGUGUCCUGAAAUACUUCAACAAGCACGAUGCCAGGGAGCCCAAAGCGAUCAUGAAGAUCAGCACAGUGAAUGCUACUUUUCAGCCAGCUAAAACUGGCAUUGCCCAUGGGCUACAGAUUACCUAUUUGAAGGAUAACAGCACCAGGAAUAUCUUUGUCUAUCAUGAGGACGGCAAGGAAAUGGUUGACUGGUUCAAUGCAAUCAGAGGUUCAAGAUAUCACUACCUGCAGGUGGCAUUUCCCGGUGCUCCAAACUCUGAGUUGUUGCCAAAGCUGACCAGGAACUACAUAAACGAGGGUUACAUGGAGAAGACUGGGCCAAAGCAUACUGAAGGUUUCAAGAAGAGGUGGUUUACGAUGGAUGACAGGAGGCUCAUGUACUUCAAGGAUCCGCUGGAUGCCUACGCUCGAGGUGAGGUUUUCAUCGGCAGUAAAGAAAACAGCUACACUGUCCAUCCUGGCCUUCCUGCCAACGUUCAGGGGACCCACUGGCCAUUUGGAAUCACUAUAGUGACUCCAGACAGGAAGUUUCUUUUCGCCUGUGUGACCGCAGAGGAUCAGAAAAGCUGGAUGGCAGCAUUUCAGAUUGUCAUAAAUCGACCGAUGCUGCCACAGGAGUAUGCAGUGGAAGCUUAUUUUAAACACAAACCAUGAUUGUGUUUCUGCUUGAAGUGCAUCUCACAGUGGAGGCUUGCACAAAGCCUGGUGUUUGAUCCAAAGAUGAACAUUUGACAGCUACACUUCCACUACACUUCUUGACCCCAGCAACAACAGGAGCCAGACUAAUCUUCUCUGAAAAAGUCCAUCACUCCACAACUCCCAGAUGCCACAACAUAUAUGCUCCUAAUAUAACAGGCGCAGUUGUUGUGUUACAUUAACGUACAAACUUAAAACGGGACAAAACUGCUGGUGCUUGCAUGUGAGGAAACAUCAGUGUCUAAUUUUCUCAGUUACUUUGUAGAAUAAUCAAUACUGCAAUUACUGAUCUUUGCUGCAAAUAAAUUAUAUUUGGACCACUUAACAGGAAUAUAAAGACUGAAAGUAUAAUAUCGUACAAGACUAAUGAUAUAUAGUCUCACAUUUGGAUGCUAUUUAGAAUUACUGUACAUGUAUGAGUGCAAUUGUAUUUAAUAAUUUAUUUUUAAUUGUGGGCUAUAUGUAUUCAAUUCUUCAAAGAUUGCAUUACAAGCACUGAUUUGCCAUUUUAUUUUCAGUUUCUGCAUUAAGCAGAUUCAUGUUAAAUCCAAAUUUAACAUGUAAGUGGGUGACAUGUUAUUGCAUUUACGUCCAGCAGAGGGGGACAAAAUAACAUUUUUUUUAAAAACAAAACUCAAGUCUUCCCUAAAAUCUCCAGUGACUCAUUCAUUUUGCCUAACUGGUGCCUUCAGGGCUCCAUCCGAAAUAAUUAGCAUGAACCCUGAAUAAUAAGGCAAGAUAAUGUUUUAUGAUAAUCUAUGGUUUCUAUUAAGAUGUAUUAACACACUUUUAAUAUCAGUAAUAAUAUUAUUAUGGUGCCAAAAACUAUCCGUAUGAACAUGUAGCACAGAAAGAUGUUCAGUAUAAGACUUCUGUGAUGAGAAGAAUACAAACAGAAAUGUUUUUUUUUUUUUUAAGAAAUACACCUUUUUGUGUUUUCCAAAGAAUAGAUUUUAUUUUAACAGCUACAAACAAGUUCAAAUGUUCUUAAGAAAACCAUGGCAUUGUAUAUCAUACUUCUAUUUAUUCAUAUUGUAGCACUGAAAAAUAAAAUAUGAAGCAGUCUACUCAGUUUGCAUAAACGACAAAUAUCACAACAGCGUAAAUUUUCUUUUCAUUUUUCUUUAUAGUAACAGCUGUUUUGGUUCAUCUUGACACUUUGUAGGACAUUAUCAGCAUGUACCCUCAACACAUU